GUGCUGGUUUUGGGGUGGGGUGAGGGGAAAGGGGUUUUUUUUCAUUCUAUGCAACAGAGGCCUAUGUAAAUUGAAAUAGUUUUUUUGGCUUAGUUUUUAAGCUUCAAUUAAUUUAAGUCAUAUUUCAAUUCUUAUCUUCAUUCUUUCUAUAUGAAAUGAAAAUCCCUUAUAAAGGCAAAACAAAAUUCUGCAUACGUAAUCUGAUUGUACCAACGACAAAUAAAACAUACGUAUUUAAUCAAAAAACAUAAAAAAUGAGAGGUUCGCCAGGUAAAAUAGAGAAAGAAAAGGUGCAGUAUGAAGAGAGAAAAAACCCAUGGUCAGAGCAUGCAUAAUAAAUCUAACUGUUUUGGUAAUUAACGCAUGUUGUAAUUGCUCAAACAGAAUUAAUACAGGAUAGUAUACACUACCAGGUAUAAAAGCGAUAUUUCAUUCUUGUUGACAGAGAAGCUCCUAGCGCCUAGCCCCCUAUAUAAAUAUACGUAAACCUACGAAUGGUGCAACCUUGAUUUACAUAAUUAUACAUCAGACAAAAGGCGUUGAUGUGAAGCAUUUAUGCAAAAAAUUAAGGUUGGUCAGAUUUUGAAUUUUAAAGUGUUUAUAUAUUGAAGUAAGUCUGUGACUCCAGAGAAUCAAGUAAUUUCUGCCAAGUAGCAUGAAUUGUCACCUUUUCACAGUAAUUGUUUGGAUCGGAUGUUAUAUAGUCACGCCAGUGUUUUCGGAAUGUAUACAAGACCAGAACUGCUCCCUGCCAUCUUGUUUCUGUGGAACGUUUGAACAUCCUGUCGGUAGAAAAAAUACUCCACAGAUAAUUUAUUUCGCCCUUGAUGAUGGCGUCAACAGCGAGGUGGCUGAGUUCUAUAACAGGCUGUUUCAUCCAAGUAGGAAAAAUCCCAAUGGAUGCCCUAUCACAGCUACCCUCAUGGCCACCAGAAAAGGCACGGAUUUUAACAUCCUACUAGAUUUCUACAACAGGGGUUUUGAGGUAGCCACGCACACAGACACGCCGUCCGCCAUUACCAACACAACCAUACUGGAGCUAGAGAUCAAAACUGAGCGACAGACCAUUUUGGACAAUGUUUUCAUGUCCGCCAAUGACAUUCAAGGAUGGAGAAGUCCCUAUCUAAAAACAGCUGGAGAUGAACAAAUCAGGGUCCUGAAGAAGCUUGGAUACAGGUACGACACUUCAAAGACGUUUGUACGAAAAAACGCAACUGGCGGACUUAAUUCAUUCCCCUUGACUACAGACUUCCCUUGGCCGUAUCCAUGCAAUAUCCCACCCUGCUGGACGCAGUCUCACAGCAACUUCUGGGAGGUUCCUAUUAACGCUUUGUGGGACUACAAAAAAGCAUACCCGUGCCCCACUGCAGAUGGGUGCCACAAUCGACCAGAUACAGAGGAAGAUGCCCGAGAAUUCAUAAUGAUGAACUUCAAAAACUCUUAUAAUGGCAAUAGAGCACCCCUCGGUUUCCACAUGAUGGGGAACUUCUUUCGCCAUGUUCCCUUUUAUCGUGCUAUGGACCGUUUCAUAAAGGAGGUAUUAAUGCUGCCUGAUGUGUAUAUUAUACCGAUUUCUAAAAUGUUGGACUGGAUGGAGCAGCCGGUGCCACUUGCGCAGAUAACUAGGUACGAAUCUUGGAAGUGUGCGCCGCUAGCAUCACCAACCCCUGCCAUGCCAGCUCUCCCGACACUAGCACCAAAACUCAGUGCUGAAAAAUGUGUGCAAGGCCAAAACUGUAACCUUCCUUCGUGCUUUUGCAAAACUUUUGACCACUCGAUGAACAAAGCUGACAUUCCACAAAUAGUCUAUCUGGCCAUAGAUGACGCACUGGACACCUCUGUUUCCGGUUAUUUUGAGAGACUCCUUUUUAACAGAACCAACCCAAACGGCUGUCCAAUCUCUGCAACGUUCUUUGUCCCCACUACUGGCACCAACUAUACCUUAGUCCGCGACUUUUACGCCAAAGGAAUGGAAAUAGGAUCACAUAGCGUAACGCACAAUAAUGUGAUCACAAGGGAGGCCGUUUCCAGAGAAGCUCGACGUUCAAAGGAAAAUUUGGCAACAUAUGCAGACAUACCUUUGUCCGACAUUCUAGGUUACAGGAGUCCGUAUUUAGCAACUGCAGGUGACGACCAAGCCGAUGUUUUGCAAAAUCUAGGAUAUGCUUAUGAUAUAUCCUAUACUUUCACAAGGAGGCCGUCCUAUGCCAAAAAUGUAUGGCCACUAACUGCCGACUUCGCCUGGCCUCUGCCAUGUAACGUAGCCCCUUGUCUCCGACGACCCCACAGAGGAUUCUGGGAAGUUCCUGUGAACUCGAUGUGGGACUACACAAAUACAGACAUAUGUGCAUAUGCCGACGACUGCCAACGCCCGCCUCCCACUCAUGACCACGUGAGGAGGUACCUCACCAACAACUUUAAAAACUCAUACGAAGGAAAUAAAGCACCAUUUGGACUUCAUUUUCAUGGAAGAUGGUUCCAUGAAAGCAGAAACUAUAUGGGCUUUAAAGGAUUUUUGGACUAUUUACAGACACUGCCAGAUGUGUAUAUUGUGUCUGUGAAAAAGAUGUUAGAUUGGAUGCAGUACCCCACACCAAAAAGCCAAAUACAAACUUUUGGACCUUGGAAAUGUGCAGUAAUGAAACGUCCACAAUUUCAACAAUUAUCAUAGAUUUUGCACCUUAACAUUUUAAAGAAUACAUAAAGCUCACUGCAUGCAUGCACCGGUGAAUUAGUUCUUAUACUUGUUAUAAUUUUAGUUAUUUAAUAAAUGUUAUUAUG